AUGAAGAGGAGUCAUCAGGAUUUCAACGAUUUGAGCCCCACAACCUCACAGAAGAAGAAGAGAAGACAAGAAAGUAAAGAUCAGGAAGAAGAAAAGUUGAAGAAGAAGAGGGAAAGGAGUUUGGAGCAGCAGAUGCCAGAUGAGUGCUGCAGGGAAGAGAAAAGGAGAAGGGAUGAGAGUGAUAAAGGAGCAGCUGGACCCAUGAAAGCACAAGCUCAACCUUCAAGGCUGAACCCACUCAGUAUCUCCAGCUACAAUUUCUACUCUAAGCUGGGGGCAGGAGCAUUCGCCAAAGUUAUGCUGGCAAAGUUAGGAGGCAAGAAGCCAUACGUGGCUGUAAAAUCCAUACUGAAAACAGAGAAGACCAAGUAUGAGAACCUUCUAACUGAGGCGCAUAUUCUAAAGAUCUCCAGAGACAGCCCUUUCCUCUGCCAAGGCUAUGCCGCUUUUCAGACCCAGCGGCAUGCCUUUUUUGUCAUGGAGUAUCUGAGUGGGGGCAGCCUUGAGGAUGAGCUGGAGCAACACGGGUCGCUGCCCAUAGACAGAGUAAAGUUCCAUUCAGCAGAGGUGAUAUGCGGCCUGCAAUUUCUACAUGGCGACGGGAUUAUCCAUCGAGACAUCAAACCCAUGAACAUCCUACUGGACCAUCAAGGACACACGAAAAUUUCAGAUUUCGGCCUGGCAAAGGAGAACAUCUCCCCAGGAGACACCACCACUGGCUGGGCCGGAACCCUGGUAUACAUGGCGCCAGAGAUUCUACACAAAGGAUCAUAUAAUGCAGCAGUUGACUGGUGGUCAUUCGGCAUCACCAUCUGCGACCUGGCCACUGGCAACAUACCGUUUAACAACAGCAGCAAAACCAAGUUGAUUAAUUCCAUCAAAUUCCACGAUCCCAAGAUACCUGAUGAGCUGGAUAAAGAUCUGAAAGAUCUUCUGAGAAGGCUUCUUAAAAGAAAGCCAAAACGUCGCCUUGGACUGCGAGGAGACAUCAGGAGCCACCCAUUUUAUCAAUCCAUUAAUUGGGUGGUGCUGGAAGAGGAAGGAUUACAACCUCCUUUCCAGCCAAUAACUCCAGCAGAUAAGCUAUUCCAGCCGUAUGAUGGGAAGCGGCCACUGUCAUUCCUCAAUGAGGAGGAAGCAACACCAGGAGACAGAAACAUCGUUCCCGGCUACUCAUUUUUAAAUUCAAGCUGGCUGGAGUAA